AUGGCUCACCGGAUGAGAACGUCUGUGGUGGCAGACAUCUCCAUACCCAGACACAUCCUCGAAAUAUCGAAUGCCAGCCAUACCCGGCGCCGUUCUGAAUCAGAUGCCGACAAUGCCGUCAACGGCCCCGUUCAGCAAGCCGUCAGUAAUCACGUCGGUCGGUUCCUCCUCGGUCCCGCUCCCCGGACGGCCAGCGUCGCUCUGGAUGGUAUCUCGCCACGUGGUAGCCGAGGCAGGUCUCUACGCAUCCCAAGCUGUGCCGAUAUCCCCGAAGAGCCCGCCGGUGGCGAAGGCUCGGACGAGGAGAAGAGGGCGGCGGGCCGGGACGAUGGCGAGGACGAUGAGGCCCAUCCCGAACCGCAGGUACCACAGUCCGCCCUUUUUAGCUCGCUAAGCAGCUACUCCAUGUCGCCGCCGUCGAGCGCUUCCGUCGGCGGUUCCUUUGGACAAACGCCGUUGCAGCCUAGCGCUACUCAUGCCAGCAGCCGGCACGAGGAAAUCAUGAUCGCCCCCGACCAGCAUGGAUCCGCCCGGAGACGUAGCCGCAGGGGAACCCUGGCCGAUCUCUACGAAAAGGCCAAGGUCAGAGGGAAGCAGCUCGAGAGAAAACCGACAACACAGCUGGUGUUUGAGUACUGCUUUUACGCCUUUCUCGUCGUCCUGAUCUACUUUCUCCUCAUCGGCAUCCCGCUCUGGAAAGGGGCCGUCCACUGGCUUCGCGAUGCCAUGGAGACGGUCGCCGUCAUCACUGGAUUGGUCAUCUGCAUCACCCUCACCGUCAUAUACGCCUAUGCCCCGUUGUUGAUACUGUUUGAAAAGGACCCGCCGCCGGCGCCGGAGCUGCCGACCACGGAGCCGGGGAGCGACCCGAACGUUCAAAGCACCGCUCUGCUCAUCCCCUGCUACAAGUCGGCCCAGAUUGUCGGGCCGACCCUCGUGGCUGCCCUCAAGACCUUUCCGCCGUCGCACAUCUUCGUCAUCGCCAACGGCAACUCGCCGACGCCCCUGGACGAGACCGAGGAAAUCUGCCGGCCGUACGGCGUCAAUCACAUAUGGUGCCCAGUCGGCUCCAAGAUCGUCGCUCAAUUCGUCGGCUGCUACGCCGCCAAGGAGUUUCAAAACGUGCUCAUGAUCGACGAUGACUGCGCGUUGCCGCCCAACUUUCCCGUCGUCAGCGAUCGGCUGACGGACAGGAUCAAGUCCAUCGGCUACACCAUCAAGAGCGUUGGUCCGGACGCAUCAAAAGGCAAUCUGUGCCAGCAAGCGCAGGAUCUCGAGUACAAGCUUGCGGGUCUCCAGCGCUGCUUCGCUGGCGUCAUCGGGAGCGCGACGUUCCCGCACGGCGCCAUCGCCCUGUGGGAUCGUGAUUUCCUCAUCAAGAUCUUCCACGACCACCCGGGCUUCUCCGUCUCCGAGGAUUGGUUCUUCGGCCACAGCUGCCGUCGGCUCGGGGGUCGCAUCAAGAUGUGCUCGGCCGUCUUCGUCGAGACUGAGACCCCGCCCGCCGUCUUCUUCAGCUCUGGGGGCAGCCGUGGUGGCUUCGGGGAGAUGACUGUGUUCAAGCAGAGAUUCAUGAGGUGGAACUUCUUCUUCGUCAACGGCUUGUGGUACAACAUGGGCUACAUCAUCGGCAGUUGGAAGCUGCUCUGGUGGGAGCCCGGUGCCAAGCUGUUUGUUUUUGCCGAGGUGUUUGAAACGAUCAUAUAUCUGCUCACCCCUUUCGUCCUCCCCAUCUCUCUCAUCAUCCGGCCCAUGUUCUGGGGGUGCGUCAUAGCAGCGGUGCUGGUGCUCUAUUACGUCAACGUCAUCAUCUUCAACGAGCUACACCUGCGUCUCAAAAAGGAACGGGUAGGGUUAGGCAUGAUUACAUUCUACUACACACCACUCAAGGUGGCGCUGACGGUUGUCAACGUCCUGAGCUGCUACUGGUCCAUCUACAAGUACGCUCGAUACUUUGCCAAACGACACCCCAAGGUGGUCGAGGACGAGAACGUCGUCGAAGUCGUUCUCCACUUGGACGAGGUAUCCCCAGAGAAGACGGAGAUAGGGCCGGACGGAAGGCGGCCAGGCCGAUCCAUGAGCGUGACGGCGGUGAGCACCACGGUGGGCAACUAG